UGUCACUUCACUUCUGUAUAUUUUUUUAUUACCCUUCAUCGUUUUUCAGUUCCCUUCUGAAUUUUUCAAUAAUUUUGCCAUUUCCCUUCAGGAUUUUUGGGAUUUUCCCUUCAGGGUUUUUCUAUGGCACACAUUUUGUGACCUUCUGCAUAUUUAAAAAGUGGUGAAGGGAAUUUUUUUAGUUGACCUUCGCUAUUUGAAAAAACAGUGAAGGGAAAUUUUUGAUUAGCGUACCAGAGGUCUCUAUCUGUGUGACACGUUGUUGACGAAGUGUUGUUCGGUGAGUCAUCAAAUUUUUACACCUACUGUUUUUUGUCUUUGUUAAUUUCAUUUCGAAAAUCUACACCUCUCUGGGGAGGAGUCGAAAAAGUUUUUUGUUUGCAUCAGCAAUAAUUGAAGCUAGGAAUCAAAUAUGGCUACCUAUUUGCUGUGUGUUAGGAGCGAAAGCGAAAGUUCAGACAACAGCCUUGACAGCUUUUUUGUAAUUUUUUGCUAUCUAGAGUGGUCAGAGCAAAAUGAAUGGAAACAAAAAAGUUGGGACAUAUGGCAAAAAUAUUAUAAAUCAAGGAUAACACAUGUCUUUUCUAAGAUAGAUAUUGUUAGUUAUGGCACACAGUGUACACACAGACCAGACACAUAAAAACUUUUACAAGUGUCGUCAUUGAAAAAAAACAAAAAAAAACAAACAAACAAUAUCAAAGCGAUAUAAACAAACAUGGUUUAUAGCUAAUAUACAGCUUGGUGAAUAAUUACAGUAAAAGUUCAAUGAUUGAAUAAAACAUUGGUGAUAUGUUUUACAAUUUUUACCAUUUUUUAGGAUAUGGAAAAUCUGGUCAAAAGAAUCGUGAGGGACGAAAUGCAGAAUAAAGAUGACCCUCCAAAUAAAAUAAAAAACAAACAAACAGAGACUCGACUUGGCAGCCUGUUGAAACGUAUUCGUACCUCAAACUCUGCUGAUGAUGUUAAAAAGGAAGGUAAGGAGAAGCAUGUUAAUGUCAAGUGGAAACGUGCAGAUUUGUUAAAAGGUACACACACAACUGUAACGCAAAAACACGGUGGUGGCCACCGCUUUGUUGUUGUUAAUGAUUUCGAUACUGUUGAAUCAAUCAAGGAAAAAGCCAUCAACCAUUAUUUUCCUGAAGGAACAAACUUCUUUGGUGAAAGUCGAAAUGAUUGUGAAAUUACCAUUAGAGAUGCAUCUGGUGUUGCGAUUGACGAAUCACUAACCCUCAAGGACUGCUUGAAAAAUCGAGGUGUCUAUAUAAGUAAAUUUUACUUUGUUUUACACACAAAAUAUGGUUAUUUUGAUUCAACCGUAUUCGAAACAGAUGUGUGUUCUGUAUGUUUUUGUCAAAUGGUUGGUGGGAUAUGUAGAAUCUGUUAUCCUUCUGUAUAUCAGACAAUAAGAAACAUUGAUCCAUUAGCAGCAUCAACCUCAAUUCCCUCAUCCAAUGACAUAGUAUUUUCAUCGUCUGUAGAACAAAGUUCAAUAAUUGAAGCUGAUCAUGAACCUUCAUCUGACCACCAAGGUUAUUUUGGUAGUUCAAAUGAUCUCUUUCAAAAUUCUGAUCACCAACAAGAUGAUCUUUUGAAUACAGAUUCUGGCACUUCGCAGCAUAAACCAACCGCACCUACACCAACUAACGAAGCACCAGUUACAGAAGUGCCAGCCGUACAUGCAUCAACAUCAACCACAGAAGCACCAGCCGCACAUGCAUCAACCACAGAAACACCAGUCGUACAUGCAUCGACUACAGAAGCACCAGUUGUACAUGCAUCAACCACAGAAACACCAGUCAUACAUGCAUCGACUACAGAAGCACCAGUUGUACAUGCAUCAACCACAGAAGCACCAGUCGUACAUGCAUCAACCACAGAAACACAAGCCGUACAUGCACCAACCAUUGACCUCACAGAGAGUGACAUAGAAAAGGAAGUUAUUGUUCACCGUACAAAUAUUCGAGCUGAUAUGGUGGAAGCAUUCAAAACAAUAACAGUACCUCAAAAAAUCAAGUUUGUUGUUAUAGAUGCACGAGGAGAAAAAGAAACUGGUAUUGGCAUAGGGGUUGAUCGUGAUAUAUAUUCUUCUGUUUGGCAGGACAUAUUAGAUGGAUUGUGUGUAGGACAUACAGAGCGUGUUCCAUUUGUACGACAUGAUUUUUAUUUAGAUGAAUGGAGUUCUAUUGCUACGAUAUUGGUGAAAGGGUAUUAUGACACAAAGUAUUUUCCUAUGCAACUAUGCAAGGCUUUUAUUAUGUAUUGUUUGUUUGGUAAUGUUCAAAAUGACAAUCUAAUUCAAUCUUUUUUGAAUUAUUUGACUCCAAUGGAGUCGAAGAUUGUUGAUGAUGCCCUCCAUGGAAAAAACAAUGGUUUAUUUGAAGAUGAAGAAUUCCUGGAUAUUUUGGAUCGAUUUAAUUGUAAAAGCUGUGUUACCAUAAUGAAUGUGUAUGGUGUGAUAUUAGAGAUCGCACGUCAAGAAUUGAUACAACGACCAUAUCUUAUGGUUUGCUCUUGGACAAAGUCAAUGAAUGUUUUAAGAGAUUUUCAGGAAUUUAGCACUUUCAAUGACAUCAAUUUGUUUUACAAAAAAAUACUUCCAACUAAUCGUAAAGUUGUUAAAAUACUCAACGCUGAACCAAAAAAUGCAGCUGAGAGGGAAUGUUUUGAUUACCUGAAGCAGUUUAUCCGUGGGUUGGAUGAAAUCGGACUUAAAACGUUCCUAAGAUUUUGUACAGGUUCAGAUGUAUUGUUGGUAGAAAAAUUAAGAGUAGAAUUUGUACCGUGUUCAACAGCAGCUAGGCGCCCGAUUGCACACACAUGUGCACCUAUGUUGGAAAUGCCUUCCUCGUAUUCUAAUUUCUGUGAAUUCAGGGCAGAAAUGCAUAACAUCUUAUCUGCAUCUAGUUGGAGCAUGGACAUUAUAUGAAUACAAAACAUAUGGACUUUGAGAUUUUUUGUUAUCAUUAUAUGUGUGAAAUAACUUGAAUAUAAGUUUUUUAUUUUGUUUAUAUUUCAUGAUCAAACGUAAACCGAUAGAUGAGCAUUGAAAAUUUUUAGCAUAUGUUCUCUCCUAAAAUAAUGUUGACAUACAGUAGGCUCUAGUUCACCUGGUUACUGGUUAACCUGUUUUUUUUUUUGCAUUUCAAACUGAGGUAUACUGAUGUUCACAGCUAUGUAUACAGUUAAAAAGAGGAUUUAUAUAGCAGGAUACAUCUGAUAUAAUAUGUUAUGUUCUAUAUGUUGCUUGAUAGUAUGGCACUUUUUGUUUGUAUUUUGUUAUUUUCAGAGGAUCGAUAGUUGUGUUGAAAAAAUGCUUUGUAACAUUGAAGAA